AUGACCAACAGCAUCGUAGACGCCCAAAGUCACCGCCAUAUUGCCAACAAAAGCCCCAGUGUGAAACAGGGAAAGCUGGGUCUCCGCCUCCCUGGCCCAACAUGGCCAGACAGUCCAGCUACCAGGGAGACAUGGACUGAGGGUUCUGCAAAAGGUGCCUUGCGGCCCAGUGAGACGGUCUCUGACUCCGGCUCCCCGCCCACGGUGGUCCAGACUGGCGUUCCUACCCAAGUGGUGCAGCAAGUCUCGCAGCAGCGCCUACUGGUUCAAGGGGACGUAUCCGCCAAAGUGUCCGCAGUGACACCCCUCCAGCUACCGGGGGUUCAGCAAGUCACAGUUCAGCAACAGAGGUCUGUGGUCCAGUCUACAGCUCAGACUCCAAAGACAGCACAGGUCCAGCAGCUGGCCAUCCCGGGGCUACAGCAGGUUCAUGUAUCUCAAGAGGUGCAGCAGCUCCAGCAGGUGCCAGUUCAGCAGGUCUACUCUAGCCAGGUGCAGUAUGUCGAAGGAGCAGAUGCCAGCUACACCACUAGCACUAUCCGUUCCAGCAGCUACCCCUACACAGAGACCUCCCUAUACACUCAGACGACCCCUGCUUCCUAUUACGAGCCUGCCGGAGCAACCGCUCAAGUCAGCACGCCAGUCACUUCACAGGCCGUGCCCAGCACUGGGGGCACUGUGCCAAUGUAUGUGUCAGGUGGCCAGAUUGUUGCCAACCCCAGUGCUGCGACAGGCACCACGGCGGGCACGGGCCAGGCUACCAACACAGCGGGAGGUAGCUACGUCAUCCAGGGAGGAUACAUGCUGAGCAGCACCAGUCAGAGUUACUCACACACAACCCGCGCCUCUCCAGCCACAGUCCAGUGGUUGGUGGACAACUAUGAGACAGCAGAGGGAGUGAGCCUGCCACGCAGUACCCUCUACUGUCACUACUUGCUGCACUGCCAGGAACAGAAGCUCGAACCCGUCAAUGCCGCCUCAUUUGGCAAGCUGAUCCGAUCAGUGUUCAUGGGGCUGCGCACCAGGCGGCUUGGCACCAGAGGCAACUCCAAGUACCACUACUAUGGGCUUCGAAUUAAAGCCAGCUCCCCACUGUUAAGGCUGAUGGAGGACCAGCAACACUUAGCUAUGAGACAGCAGCCCUUCUCCCAGAAACAGAGACUUAAACCUGUGCAAAAGGUGGAGGGCAUGACCAAUGGCAUGGCACUGGGCAAUCAGCAGCAGCAGAGUUCUGGCCUUUCAGACAUCAGCGCCCAAGUCCAGCAGUACCAGCAAUUCCUUGAUGCGUCUCGGGCAUUGCCCGAGUUUACUGACAUUGACCUCCAAGGAAAAGCACUGCCAGAUGGGAUUGCCCUGGAUCACAUUAAGGCCUUUCAAGUGCUGUACCGGGAGCACUGUGAGGCCAUCUUGGAUGUCAUGAUAAACCUACAGUUCACCCUGGUGGAGACCCUGUGGAAAACAUUCUGGAGAUUCAAUGACAGCCAAACGAAUGACACCUCCACCCUGUCUGUCCACGAUGAAUCGGAGAAGCGCUUGCCCAAAGCCUGCUUGGUUGUACUCUGUAAAUAUGACCCUGUCUUGAGGUGGACCAAGGAGUGUGACAACAUGCUCUAUCAGGGGCUGGUAGAGAUCCUGAUUCCUGAUGUGCUGAGACCCAUUCCCAGUGCCUUAACGCAAGCUAUACGCAAUUUUGCCAAGAGUCUGGAAAGCUGGUUAACCAAUGCCAUGAUGAACAUCCCUGAGGAGAUGGUCCGGGUCAAGGUAACUUCUGCGAGUGCCUUUGCCCAGACUCUCCGCCGCUACACGUCGCUGAAUCACUUGGCUCAGGCGGCACGUGCUGUUUUGCAGAACACAGCGCAGAUCAAUCAGAUGCUCAGUGACCUGAACCGAGUGGAUUUUGCCAACGUGCAGGAGCAGGCGUCCUGGGUGUGUCGUUGUGAAGAUGGAGUGGUGCAGCGCUUGGAACAGGAUUUUAAGCUCACCCUACAGCAGCAGAACUCCCUGGAGCAGUGGGCAGCAUGGCUGGAUGGCGUAGUCUCUCAGGUCCUUAAGCCCUACCAAGGAAGUCCUGCUCUCCCAAAGGCGGCAAAACUCUUCUUACUUAAAUGGUCGUUUUACAGCUCUAUGGUAAUCCGGGAUCUGACCCUGCGCAGCGCAGCCAGCUUUGGCUCCUUCCACCUCAUCAGACUACUGUACGAUGAAUACAUGUAUUAUCUGGUUGAGCACAGAGUAGCACAGGCCAAAGGAGAAACACCCAUUGCUGUCAUGGGUGAGGUUUUAAAUGUCUAG